AACUAAACAAAGAUGAACCAGGAGAAGUUAUAAUUAAAGAUAAUCAAGUCUAUUGGCGUCGAAUUUUUCCUGAGUAUAAAAAACAUUAUUUACGAGAUUAUCCAUAUUGCAAAGAAUUAUCUGAUUAUAAACAAGAUUUGAUUAAAAAAGUUGAAUCAGAUGAUAAAAGUGAAAUUGAAUAUAAUUCAAAUCUACAAAUAGAAUCUUCAGCUCAAUAUCACAACAGUGAUCAAAAUUCUGAAGUUGAAUAUGAUUCGGAAGAUAAAUUUUCUGAACUUGACGAAAAUCAAAAAUCUACAAAUAAAAUUCAUGAUAUUGAUGCAAUUCAAGAAAUGAUUAUAGCAAAUCAUCAAGAGUUAAACAUAAAUGGUAAAAGAAAACAUGAUUUUGACAAUUUAAUUGAUGAAAACGAAUUGUUUGAUGACAACAUAUCAGAUGUUGAAGAAGA